UUCUUAUCUGGGAUCUCUCUCUAAAAAAAUAAACUCUUUCUCUCUCUAAAGCUCUAUGCUUUUCUUUCUUAGAGAGAGAUACACAGAGAGAGAGAGAGAGAGUGGCCCAGCAGAUCGAAAUCUCCUCCUUUUCUUCAACCUGAUGACGAUCUAAGCUUCUUGAGUGGUGUUGCAAAAGCACCCACUUAGUUGUUGCUUGUAUAAUUUUAGAUACACAAUAUAGUUUUUAGCUGCUCUUUUCAUAGUGAGAGCCUGCUCGGACUCUGAAUUUUCAUGAUGUGAAAGCGUCCGCUGAAUGAUUAAAUCUGUAGCGGAUGCUUGAGGAGAGGUGAUAAUAGGAUGUGGGUCUGAGGAAUGGGAACAAAAAUGCAGUGUAAAAGCUACUUGCCAGGGUAUUACUCAGUGAGGGAUCUUAAUGAGGAUCCUAACAAUUGUAGUUGGCCCGUAUAUUAUGGAGAUAAAACAUUGUCAAACAGGCAGUAUUGCAAUGGCUUCUUGCCAAGGGCCACUGCUGAUGCUUAUCCAGGGUAUGAUAAGGAUGUAGUCAAGCAGACAAUGCUUGAGCAUGAGGCCAUAUUCAAGAAUCAGGUGCUUGAACUUCACCGGCUGUACAGAAUUCAAAGGGACUUGAUGGAUGAUAUCAAAAGGAAAGAACUCCAUAGAAACCAGAUACCUAUGGAGACAUCAUUGUCGUCAAGUCCCUUAGUAUCUCAAAUUACAUCGGAAGAUGCUCGUAAAUGGCAUGAUUCCAGCUUUCCUUUGGUAAACAAUGUUUAUGCUGGUCCAUCAAUUCCAGGUGUUGAAGGUAUCCAUUCUCAAUCUAGUGCUGUAAAAGGAAACAUCCCAAAAAAUGGUUUGUUUCCAAGUCAAAAUGGGAUUAUUUCUAAAGAUCUUGAGGUGAUGGAGUCAAGACCCACAAAAGUGAGGAAAAAAAUGUUUGAUCUUCAACUUCCAGCUGAUGUGUACAUCGAUUCCGAAGAAGGGGAGCAGUUCAGUGAUGAGAAAGUUUCUGGCACGCCUAGUUGUCAGCCAAAUAAAGGUUGUAAAACAGCACUUGAGGGUGGUACAAAGCUCUUUUCCAGCAAUGGUGGGAAGACAGAUUGCAAAGGAGAUGCUUUGAGAUCUGAUUCAUGUUUGAGGAGCCCAAAUGGCUUGGCAGACUUGAAUGAGCCUAUUCAAUUUGAAGAAACCAAUGCUUCAGCAUACGAUUAUCAUCUGGCCUUUGACUCUUUUCAUGGAAAGAUUCAACGUCCUGAUCUGGCUGCUAAGUCAAGGUUGCAGCUUCUAGGUUUGCCAAAGGAUAUAUCACUCGAGUCUCGUUAUGUAAGUGAUAAUGUUAUCCAGAACAACUCACAAUUGGAGAACAAGGGAAGUGGAAAAGGGUGGUUUUCCCAUGUUCUUGCAGGGCAAAGUAAAAGCAACCUUGAAACGGUUUCCGAAUGUCUCCAGACAGAAAGGUUGCCUGUAUCAUCCCAGCCAAUGCAAGUUUCUAUUAACAAUGUUCAUGAACCCACUUUCUAUCUGACUGAUAGAAGCAAGGUGGAUUUGUGGAGAGAGAGGACAGUUUGUGGUGUGGAGAAUUCCGAAAGAAGUCGUGAAAUUUCCAAUAGUAAGCAUCCAAGUAUUUUCGUGGCUUCUCAUAUGCCCAGUCCAUAUCCCAUUCUUCCUUCCUCUGAUGGGGCCAAGUCCUGGACACACUCGGUUUCAUCUUGGGAAAACCCAGGCAGUAGCUUAAGCCAGAAGUCAAUAUCAGUUCAAACUCACCCAUGUCUUAACUCAUCUGCUACCUUGAGUAAGAGUUCCCAGUCAUCAGUUCAGAGCAAUGGGAUUUUUGGAGAUAGGCGGUAUCUCAACAACCAUUCUAGUUCUAACCAAGGUUCUGGGAGUGAAGUGCCAUACCAAAAUGGGUUUCACCAUGGUUCCUCUUCAGGAUCUAAGGAGCCAGUUCGCUUCCCUUCUCUCAGCUGUGACUAUCAGAGCAGCAGUAACAAUCAUAAUGGAGGCCCUGAACACUUGAUGAGUCAUGGUUCAACAACGCACCCCAAGGGUUCAAAUUGCUUGGAUGUGAAGUCUGGAAGGGAAGUAAACUUGAAUGUAGUUCUUUCAAACAGCUCAUCUAAUGAAGAAAUACUCCAGCAGGGUCUUAAAAUCAUAGGGGGAGAACAAAAGCAUGUGGACCAUCUUGCAGCUUUUCCCUGGCUAAGAGCUAAGCCUGCUUCUAAGAAUGAGUUUUCCAACGUGGGCAAAGUUUCAAAGACUGGCGAGCGGGGUUUCUUUCAAUCUUCUAUGAAUAAUUCAUCCAAUAAAACUGAAGUUGGAAAGGAUUUGAAUCAAAUUUUUGCUCAGGAUAUAAAAUCUGUUUUGUCUGGAAAUGAUGUUGAGGCCAGAAGGAAUGAACUAGGUGACAUCCCAUGCAAGAGAAAACUUCUUGGAUUUCCUAUUUUUGAGAAGUCUCAUAUUUCUAAGAACGAGUCCUCUUCCCUUACCUCCCCUUCUGUGUCUAUUUCUCAUCAAUCUGAGAGAGGAGGGGAAAAUACCAGGAGAAACAGAGAACUGGAUAUCAACUUGCCUUGUGAUCCUUCAGCACCUGAGUUGGCCAGAAAAAAUGUAGCAGAAAUUGUAGUUGUAGAAGAAGGAAGAGAUACAAAAGUUGCCAGUUUCAGACAUUACAUUGAUUUAAACUCGUGUAUCAGCGACGAUGAAGUAUCUUUGAAACCUUCUGUUCCAAGCACUAGUGUGAAGAUUACAGUAGAGAUAGACUUGGAAGCCCCCAUUGUUCCGGAGACUGAUGAUGAUGUUAUUCCUGGAGAAACAUCUGCUGAAAAGCAGAAAGAAAUCUCUUUAGCAUUGCCACAACACACAGCUGAACCUCCUCAAGAUGAACUUGUGCGAGUAGCAGCAGAGGCAAUAGUUUCCAUCUCAUCAUCUGGUCCUCACAAUCAUAUGAAUGAAUCAUCUUGCGAUCCACCAGAAGCUUCUUCAACUGACCCCCUUGUGUGGUUUGUGGAGAUAGCUUCUAUUUGUGGGAGUGAUCUUGAGAGCAAGUUUGACACUGUUUUGAGAGGAAAAGAUGGUGAAGAUAAGGAGGAAUCUUUAUCAGAAGAGUUCGAUUACUUUGAAUCCAUGACUUUGAAACUGAUAGAGACCAAGGAAGAAGAUUACAUGCCUAAGCCUCUGGUUCCAGAAGACUUAAAGCUGGAAGAAACAGGAAACACAUUACCAGCAAAUCAGCCCAGAAAAGGCCAGUCAAGGAGAGGUAGGCAGCGGAGGGACUUCCAAAGGGAUAUCCUUCCUGGUAUUGUUUCUUUGUCAAGGCAUGAGGUAACAGAAGAUCUUCAGACAUUUGGAGGGUUGAUGCGGGCAACAGGUCAUGCAUGGCAUUCGGGACUGACAAGGAGAAACUCAACAAGAAACGGUUGUGGUAGAGGCAGGCGACGAGCAGUGGUGAGUCCCUCUCCCCCCGUGGCAACUAGCCCAGCUUGCACUCCGCUGGUACAGCAGCUUAAUAAUACCGAAAUGGGACUGGAAGAUAGGAGCCUGACAGGUUGGGGUAAGACUACCAGAAGGCCCCGUAGGCAAAGAUGCCCGGCAGGCAAUCCUCCAUCAGUUCCAUUAACCUAAACAUGGUGAAGAGGCUUUAACUUAUUGAUUGAGUUCUAUAGAGCAAAUUAGGGUGUCGUUUCUAUGGCUUCGGGGGGUUUGAGGUUGCCAUGGGAAUUGAUUGCCCUCUGUACAUUUCUUAGCCCAAAUUCUGGGUUGGCUUGAUUUUCUAUCUUUGGGUGGUGCCAUCUUUGUAUUAUUCAAAAAUAAUGUUGCAUGAUUUAUUCCCGGAUAGAUACCAGUGUUUCUUCUAUUUGCGUAUGCAUUGUCAGUCUUCUGGGAAUUCAGAUGUGAAUUUAUCAUUAUUUCAUAUGUGAAUAUGCUGCUUCUGAAUCUAA